AUGACGGAAGUGGAUUUGGACGAAGUAACUAGACAACUUCAGAAAACUUCUGUUGGUUCUUCAAGUGGUGUUAGUUUUAAAGGAAGAUCUUUGAAACUGAACACGGAAGACGACGCGCGUGAAGUUGUUGAAGCAAUUGAAGCGUGCUCAAAUCUUCACUUCUUGGAUUUGGAGGGCAACAGCUUGGGAGUCGACUCUGCUAAAGCUAUUGCCAAAGCAUUGGAAGCGCAUGGUGAAUUGAAGAGGGCAUUAUGGAAAGAUUUGUUUACUGGCAGAAUGAAAACAGAAAUUCCGAAGGCUUUACAGUAUCUGGGAAGUGGUUUAAUGCUAGCUAGUGCUCAACUCACUGAACUGGAACUAAGUGAUAAUGCAUUUGGACCUAUUGGUGUGGAAGGUAUGGUGGUUUUAUUACAAAGUGCAACUUGUUAUUCUUUAGAAAUAUUGAAAUUAAACAAUAAUGGUUUGGGCAUAAGUGGUGGAAAAAUGCUUGCCAAGGGUCUAUUAGAUUGCUAUACUAAAGGUAAGGAAAUUGGAAAAUCUUUGAGAUUACGAGUAUUUGUUGCUGGACGGAAUAGACUUGAAAAUGAUGGUGCCCGAGCUUUAGCUGAGGUUUUUAAAACAGUGGGUACUUUGGAAGAAAUUCAUAUGCCCCAAAAUGGGAUAUACCAUGUGGGUAUAUCAGCUUUAGCUGAGGCUUUUAAAUGUAAUCCUAAUCUAGAAGUUUUAAAUUUGAAUGACAAUACUGUUACAUUGAGAGGUGUAAGUGCAAUUGUUGGUGCACUUCCUGUUCUUCAAAAGCUGAGAGAAAUUGAUCUUGGGGAUUGUCUUCUAAGGACAAAAGGUGCCGUUACUUUAGCUGCAGCCCUAACAAAUGACCACAAAAACUUGGAGAAACUAUUACUUGAAAGUAAUGAAAUAGGUUCCAAAGGAGGCAUUAUGCUGGCAAAAGCUGUGCGAAAUAAGACCAAUCUCAAAAAGCUGGCAUUAAAUGGGAACCAAUUUGGAGAACAAGGUAUAUCAGAUUUAUCUGCUGAACUGGAAGAAAGUGGCCAGAUUAGUGCCUUAGAUAGUCUAGAGGAUGAUGAGGGAGAAGAGGAUGAGGAAGAUGAAGAGGAGGAGGAAGAAGAAGAAGAAGAGGACAGUGAGAAUAGUGGAAUUAGUUCUGAUGAAAGUGAUAAAGACCAUGGUACAGUUCCAGAAAGUAACGGAGAUAUUAAAAACAAUGGAUCAAUUUUGCUAAAAAUUGAUACACCGGAAGUGCCUCCAGUGGUUAAGGAUUUCCUAGAAAAUUCUACUCCAGAACGCUUCUUAGCAUUAGGAGAAAACAGAUCGCGGAUCCUUCUUCAUGAAAUAAGUAGUUGUUCUGGAGAUGCUUUUGUGGACAAUCUUCUAGUAGUUUUAAUGAAAGUGUCUUCUUUAAGUGUGUGUAAUGCAGAACAAGUACGCCAAGCUGCAUUUUCAUGUUGUAAUCUUUUAUAUGAAGAGUUGUUUAAGUGGGCUAAGAAAACAAACAAAUUCUCAAUUGUAAAUAAUGCACUUUUGGUGCAUCUUGGUUUAAUUAAAAGUGAGGAUAAAAGCCUGAAGCUGACAUGGAAUAUAGAGGGGUGCAUGUUGGCUCUUGAGAAUGCAAUGAAACAACCUUUCUUUCCAGAAGAUACCCAAGAAAUUGUACACGUCUUUCGUGGUAGACGAGUAAUUGAUAUUGAAAAUGGAACAGUAAUAUCAGUUUAA